AUGAUGUUUUCACAGUUAAAAGAAAAGGCUCACCUUGAAACAGGAGCUAGUCUGCCGGAGCCUCAUCGGCAACAAGAAGAGCAAGAGCGAGAAGAUGAGGAGGCACAGCUGAAGAACAGACUGCAAGAAGCUCAAGAGUUUCAUGCUGUAAAGAAAAAGAAGAGAGAGAGAUCCAGCACAAACUGCCCAAAACGGGCUCCAAACUGUCAAGUAGUGAUGAUGCCUGACCGUGAACCCCCAGAAAAUACUCAGAAUGAACUACUGGAAAAUACGGAAAUCUCACCUGAUUCAUUAUCUAAGGAUGCAUGUAAUAUCAAACAGAGGCCAGUUUCUGAUGCUGUCUGUGAAUUGUCUAACCCAGUAAACAACAAAGACUCAAAGCCGCUCUUCAACACAGAGAUGACUGUGAAAUCACAUGAGCCUCUUUCUUUGCUCCUCAAUAUAAUGCAGCAUCACACGGAAGAUCAAAGCAAACAGCAGAUAACGCAAAUAGGCAAGCUGUUUGCUCGGGAACUGAAAAAGCCAUCCAAAGGAACGAACGUUCAGCCUAAAAUAAAAAAUCAAACACAAAACAAAAUGAAAGCAACAGACCUUCGAUCAAUCAUGGUCUCCAGAAAAGAGGAGAAAAAAGUAAAUGCUAAUAAUACAAAGCAAACAGAUCAUGCAGCUAAAUCAUCUUUGUCCAGUGGCUCCCUCUCUCCAAACAAACAGCAGCAUAAUAAGCUGAUAUUGGAAACUUCUCCUGAACCAAAGUACAAGAGCAAGAAAAAUAAGAAAAAGAAAGGCGACAAAGGGAACUCCUCAAUUGAUGACGUGUUUUUGCCCAAAGAUGUUGACCUCAACAGUGUGGAAAUGGAUGAGACGGAGCGAGAAGUGGAAUGUUUUAAAAGGUUCUGCUUGGAUUCCGCCAGACAGACAAAACAAAGGCUUUCAGUCAACUGGUCCAACUUCAACUUGAAGAAAGCCGGCUUUGCUGCCCACUAGAGCAGGGAGAUGGGUAUAUGACUGGGAUAAGUACUAAUAACUAACAUGACUUUCUCCUGUGCCGAAUGCUGCUCCGGCCCUGCUAGAGAUGGCCUCGUCUCCGGUGCUGUGCGGAUCGGCACUGAUGCCCUGGCCUUUGUCCUCAUCAUCCUAGUGGACUGAAAAACUGCUGCUUCCUGCAUUUGUUAGCUUGCGUGUAGACUUCUCUGGUUGUAAUUCUCGAGCGUUGGAGACGGAGCAAUAGUCUGUUUCCAUUUCUGGAAGGCCCUCGGCAUCAGUGACUUUUAAGCAGCUGUGUCGAAACUGGGCUCCCGGUUUGCACCACCUUUGGUUUCUGGCAUUUCAAUAUGACCUCCCUUUCAGACAGAGUAGCGGAUCCAGUUAAAUCUGCUCUUUUGGCUAUAGACUUUCCAUGGGAAAAUUACUAUCCUGGGACAUGCAUCUACUUUGUUUUUCACAAUCUACUGUUAAGAAUGUACAAGUUACGCUAUUUGUGUUUUGAUUAUUUCUUACUUGUAGCCAGCUUGUGUAAACUUGCAGAAGGAAGUUUAACGAAACGUACUCGCAUAUCCAAUCAGUAAUAUUCUAUAGUUGUAUUAACACUGAAGCCCACCUGGCUAAUUUUUAACAUAUUGUUAAGUAAUAUUAAA